AUGGCCUCUGGUGAAGCUAAGGGAUACUCCGGGAAGGGACUUGGCGUGCCGUCGGGAAAGAUGAAGCAGACGGAAAAAAAAAAAUUUGCACGAGUCGGAAAGGGGCAGAUGCAGAAAAUUAGCAAGGGAGGAAGAAGAGAGAAGCAAACUAUAUCUAUUGCUAAAGCAGGAAUAACAACAGUUCUCAAUUCCCGGACCUCUGUGCUUGCUGCAGCUAACCCUCCAUCUGGGCGUUAUGAUGAUCUCAUGACCGCUCGAGACAACAUUGAUUUACAGACCACCAUUCUUUCAAGAUUUGAUAUAAUAUUUAUUGUGAAAGAUAUCAAAAUGUAUGCGCAAGACAAGAGUAUUGCCAGCCACAUCAUCAAAGUUCAUGCAUCAGCUGAUGCAACUGCAACUGACUCGAAGACUACCAAAGAGGACAACUGGCUGAAAAGAUAUAUACACUAUUGUCGAACUGAGUGUCACCCACGUCUCUCAGAGUCUGCCGCGUCUAGAUUGCAGGAGAGUUAUGUAAAAAUUAGACAGGACAUGAGACGGCAGUCAAAUGAAAUUGGUGAGACAGCCGUAAUACCAAUUACAGUGAGGCAGUUGGAAGCUGUUGUGAGAUUAAGUGAAUCACUUGCUAGAAUGACACUGUCUCAUGUUGCAAAUGACAACCACGUUCUUGAAGCAAUAAGGCUCUUUAACAACUCUACAAUGGAUAAGCACCAAGAGGAAACCCAGAUAAAGAGAAGAAUGGGUAUAGGAAGCCAUAUAUCAGAGAGAAGGCUGAUCGAUGAGCUCACGAGGAUGGGCAUGAAUGAAUCUAUUGUAAGAAGAGCUUUAGUAGUUAUGCAUCAAAGAGAUGAAGUAGAAUAUAAGCGAGAAAGACGGGGAUUCAUGGGGCGUGCGAUUUUGUGUGGAUUUGGUAGGGAGGAUGUUGAUGAGAUGUGUGGCCAUAUGAAAGGCUUCAACCCAAUAGGUGGGGGGAAGGGAAGCUUGAAAGAGAAGUGA